CGCGACCGCGAGUUCGACCUCGUCGUCGUCGGCGCCGGCAUCUCGGGCUGCGUCUUCGCGAGCCGCGCGUCGCGAGAGCUCGGGAUGAAGACGCUUCUCGUGGACAAGCGCGAUCACGUCGGCGGGAACUGCUACGACUUCGUGAACGCGAAGGGGUUCAGGGUGUCGCAGUACGGCGUGCACUUGUUUCACACGAAGCACGCGCGGGUGUGGGAAUACGUGAAUCGAUUCAGCGAGUGGACGCCGUACGAACACCGAGUGAAGGCGGCGAUCGAGCGCGAGGACGGGGAGUACGAACACGGGGGGAGGCGGUACCGAAUCGUGGGGGUGCCGCCGAACAGGGACACGAUCAACGCGCUGUUUCCCGAGGCGGAUUUGAAGACGGACGAGGACGCGCGAAGAUGGUUGGACGCCAGACGGUCGGUGAACGAGAAUCCGAAGAACGGAGAAGAGAGCGCGCUGACGAGGGCGGGGGCGGAGCUGUACGAGGCGAUAUUUAAGCAUUACACGAAGAAGCAGUGGGAUAAGUACCCCGAGGAGCUGGACGCGAGCGUCUUGGCGAGGAUACCCGUGCGCGAAGACGUCGACGAUAGGUACUUUAGCGAUCCGCACCAAGCGUUGCCGAAGCACGGGUACACGAGGAUUUUCGAAAAUAUGAUCAUGGGCGAUCCGAACAUCACCGUGCGCCUGAACACCGACUUUUUUGAGCACAAAGACAUGUUGAGAAGCAAGGCGCGAAAGUUCGUCGUCUUCACCGGCCCCAUCGACGCGUGGUACGCGUCUCAAGGUUUGCCCAAGCUCGAGUACCGAAGUCUGCGUUUCUUCGAAGAGUACCACGAGGGCGAGGACAAAACGAAACCAUUCUUCUACCAACCGUGCUUACAGCUCAACUACCCCGGUCCGGAAGUCGAGCACACGCGCGUCGUCGAGUACAAGCACAAGCCCAACCAGCCGCGCGAGGCGCGCGAGCACGCGGGCACCGUCGUCUUCAAAGAGUACUCGUGCGAUCACGGCGAGCCGUAUUACCCCGUUCCCAACCCCGCCAACCGCGAGUUAUACGAAAAGUACCGCGACAUGGCGGCGAAAGAGCCCGGCGUCGUCUUCGUCGGCCGCCUCGCGAGUUACAAGUACUUCAACAUGGACCAGGCGUUUUUAAACGCGCUCGAAACCUUC